CCAUAAGUUAUGAAUUUUCUUGUCAUUUGUCUGCACUAUGUAUGCAUGCAUAUGUGUAGGUGUCUUCUUCCUUCUACCAAAAGUGCAGGCUAAAAGUAGAAAUUAAUAUGAAAAUGAAAAUAUUUUAGUUUAUAAAACUAUUAACUAUUUGAAGGUUUAAUAUAAUAUUUUAUACCUAUAUAGUAAGGUGGAGAUGUAACUGGCAAUCAAGCGGUCACUGUCUCCUCCCCUCAGAUAAAAUAAAGACAGAGUCACACUUCCAAAGAAAACUCAACUCGUUGAUUCUUCUUAUUUUCUCCUCACUCAGUCUCAGUUCCACAAUAAUACAUUUCCAGUUCAAAGCAGCUGACCUGCCCUUGUUACUUGGAGAAGAUAAAUUUGAGAGUUUCUAGGCGAGUUAACCAUGAUAAAACGGUCGUCAAGCAGGAACAACAGAUCUAAAGGCGUCAAGGUGAAACAUGUUCUGCAGAUUAUGCUGUUGGUUGGUAUUUGCUUAUGGCUGAUCUAUCAGGUUAAGCGCUCUCAUGAUAAGAAGAAGGAAUUUGAUGAGAGUGAUAAGAAAGUCUCAGUUGGAGCUCAAAAUGCCUAUCGGAUUACAGAACUUGGAAGAAAAGAUCUUCUUCCAGGUAAGAAUGAAGUAAAUCAAAAUGAAAAGCAUGAAGAGGAAGAGGAAGAUGAGAAUAUUGUAGAGGAUGAAGACAAGCAUGAGCAAAAUGAACACGAAGAAAGAAAUGGGCAUGAAAUUAAAGUAAAAGAAGAUGAUGAGAGCAGAACGAGAGAGGGAGAAGGAGAAGGAGGAGAAAAAGAGGAAGAUGAAACUGGGGAAGAAGAUGACGAGAGCAGAAUGAAACAAAAUGAACACGAAGAAGGGGACGGACAUGAAACUAAAGUAAAAGAAGAUGAAGAGAGCAGAACGAGAGAAGGAGGAGAAAAAGAGGACGGUGAAAGAGGGGGAGAAGAUGAUGAGAUGGAUGAAAAUGAUCCUGAGAAACCAGAGGUGGUUGAUCGCAGUGAGGAGUUUGUGGAUGAAGGGAAGGAGAAAGAAGAGGAGGGUGAUGAGAAGGAGAACGAAAACAGCAAGGAUGAAGGAAAUCAAGGUUUGGUUGAAAGCAACAACAUUCAUGAGGCUCGGGAGGAACAAUACAAGGGGGAUGAUGCUUCUAGCGCCGUCACUCAUGAUACUCGUACAACUAGCACUGAAACAGAGACAGUUAGUAUGGAAAACUCUGAUGUAAACGCAGAAAUGGGCAUCACUAAACCAGAGAACAAGCCUAAUUAUACAGAAGAUGGUAUCAGGAGUCAACCUGGUUCCAAUUUUAGUAUUACAGAAGUUAAACUGGUUGUCGGGGCUUAUUCCAAUUCAAGUUCUAGUAAUGAAACCGGAAACAACAGUUUGUCUAACCCAGUGGCUGGCUCGCAUCAAAAUAACACUGCCUUGAUAUACUCUGUCAGACACUCAGAAGAAACAAGUAGUAACCUUACAAUAGUUGUCCCUGCAGCCAAAAAUAACAUGUCAGGAACUGACACAUCGUCUGAACACAAUAAAAUGGUAAUGUUUUCAGGCAUAGAUAAAAAUGAUACUGUUAAUUCAACAGUCGCUGGAGAUGUGAAAAAUGUGCAGACCGAGGGAUUAGAGCAGGGUGGUAUUAUAGUUUCUAAAGAAAACUUGUCCGGCUCUAACUUAGCAGUCCCUGUUAAAACAGAAAAUAGAGCUGCAGCUGGAGAUGAAUCUUCAAAUCUAGAGGGUGGUGACAUAGAAAAGACGAGAAGAUUUGUAGCGUCAAAUGAAAAUGAGAGCAAAGUUGACACUGUAAUGAGUGAAACAAAUAAGACUCAAAAUCUCUCCUACGUGGAUGAGAACACUAAUGCUGCUAAAUAUGAAGAGUCCAAGGGUCACACGCAAGCAAGUGAUGCAUCAAAUUCAUCCUCUAUGAAUGGAACUUCGGAUUCAAUUAAACACCAAGCCACUGAUUCUUAUAAUUCUCAUAUCCUCAAGGACAUGACAGAGGUACAAACUGAUCUUAAUACUAUGCCAGAUAUUAGAAAUGUAGGAGAUAAUGAUGGUGACAAAACUGCAACAGACUAGUCAUAGAAAGGUGUGUUUGUGUUCAAGGGAAGAUUUAAUAGAGUUUUUCUUCUGAUCCAUGUAGUUUUGAACUGAACAAAACAAAACAAAAAUGAGAAUGUAAAAUCGUCGAAAGUACAAAGGUAGGUUAGUUCUUUUUUAUAGGACAAAGGAAGGCUAUUUAGUUAGUUUUAUUUAUUCAUGUCUAAGGUUUGGAUAUGUAAAAUCAAUUUGUCUCCACUGUCUGUUGCUAUUGUGACUCUAUGGCCUAUUAUCGAGUGUUUUCUUGUUUGAUUUUCUCAUUAUAUUCAACUCAAUCUGUUUCAUAUA